CUUCCUCCCUCGGUCUCCACCGCUCCAGGGGCGGGUGGGGUGGGCUGAGCCGGGGCUGCCACAGCCUCCGCCACUACAGCCGCCACCCUGGGAGGACCAGAGCAGAGCAGCGCACGAGUCCCGGGAGAGAGGGACUGUGGGGCGGCCGUCCCCGUCUAGGACCAAGGGGCACGCGGCGAUGUGAGCUAUGAACGCGGCGUGGACACUGUCACCGGAGCCGCUGCCGCCAUCGACGGGGCCCCCGGUGGGCGCAGGCCUGGACGUCGAGCAACGCACGGUGUUCGCCUUCGUGCUCUGUCUACUCGUGGUGUUGGUUCUGUUGAUGGUGCGCUGUGUGCGCAUACUGCUAGACCCCUAUAGCCGCAUGCCCGCCUCGUCCUGGACCGACCACAAGGAGGCGCUCGAACGAGGGCAGUUCGACUAUGCGUUGGUGUGAGGGGGCACCCAGUCCCGGGCUGGUCCUCUGAGAGAUCCCAAGAGGGCCGGCCCGGUGGAGGAAUGCCACUAGCCUGGACUGCACUCAGUAUUGUGCCCCAGAUGCCCUAGCCCGGAGUUGAAGGCGUCCAGAGAAAUCCAGUCCUUAUCCCGUUAGCCACCCAUCUCCCUUCCUGGCCGGGCCAGAACCCCACCUGGUGCCUUUAUCUGUCCUGUCCCCUUCUCUCUGCACACUUAUCCUCACCGCUGAUCCCUCAGCUCUGUAUACCUUAGUGGGCACCCCGCAUCACUAAUCAUCCCGCACCAACCUCAGCCUUCCCCAGCUACCAGGCAUGAGUGUUACAUCCUUUCUUGGGAGUGCGGACUCCUUCAUCCCCUUCUUUCCCUUGUGAUCGUUGCCAAUUUCAAUGCCCUCCUUGAGUUCUGGCCCUGGCAAGCAGGCUGUCUUCGGCUCCCUAUGGACGCUGCCUACCUACAAUGCAUGGUACAGCCUGCCCCAGAGGCAGACCCUGAAGCCCCACCAUGGUUGCUGCUGUGUCGAGAAUGUCUGGCACGUCAUGUGCAGGAGGAGUACAAGCGGGCUCACCCGCUUCAGCCCCAGCCCCAGCCCAGGUUAGAGUGCCUUUCCUCGGCCUCCCGGCUCCCAACUCCCCCAUGUCCCCGGGCCCCUCCCUUGCCUUUUCACUCCUCCCUGCUUCUGAACGAUGGAGGUGAUAAUAAAAGCUAUUAUUGAGCGCUUACUGCAUGCCAA